AAGUCUCUCUUCUGUCAUCCCAUCCCCAUUCAGCCAAAUCACCGCAGUGCUGAAAGAGUGAGAGCGCGCGAGAGAGGAAGAGAACACGCGUGUGUGGAGUGUGUGUUAUUAGUGUGUGAAAGAGCGAGUGAGGUAGAGAGAGAGGAAAACUGCGAAAUCUGUCAAGGUUUUCCAGGCGUUCGCUCAUUCCUCUCGACGCCUGUGCCGCGCUGACAAGGGGUCGCGUGCUGGACGAUGAGUUCAUUUAGCACCAGAGCACUGACGCUACUGUCGUCUGUGUUUGGGGCAUGCGGUUUACUCCUGGUGGGUGUGGCUGUGUCGACAGACUACUGGCUGCUAAUGGAAGAAGGCAUUGUCCUCCAGCAGAACCAGACCACAGAGGUGAAGAUGGCUCUGCAUUCUGGACUCUGGAGGGUCUGUUUUGUGGCUGGGCCAGAGAAGGGGAGAUGUGUGGCAUCUGAAUACUUCACCGAGCCAGAAAUAGAGAUCACUACUGAGAACACUGCCAAUAUACUGAAAAUGGUGAGGACGGCCACCCCGUUUCCUAUGGUCUCACUCCUCUUUGUCUUCACGGCCUUUGUCAUAAGCAACAUCGGCCACAUCCGUCCCCAGCGCACCAUCCUGGCCUUCAUCUCUGGAAUAUUCUUCAUCUUAUCAGGUUUGAGUUUAGUUGUUGGUCUGGUAUUGUAUAUCUCCAGUAUCAAUGAUGAAGUGAUGAACAGGCCUCGGGAGCCGGAGCAGUUCUUUCAUUACCACUAUGGCUGGUCGUUUGCCUUUGCUGCCAGCUCCUUCCUGCUCAAAGAGGGUGCUGGAGUCAUGUCUGUCUAUCUCUUCAUGAAACGUUACGCUGAGGAAGAGAUGUACCGGCCCCACCCUGCGUUGUAUCGCCCUCGUCUGUCUGAAUGCAGCGACUACAGUGGCCAGUACCUGCACCCCGACUCCUGGCCUCCUCCUCAGCGUGGACGCAGCGGCUCCGAGGUGUCCAGUGACAUCUCCAUUCAGCUCAACCAGACCCCGCUGCCUCCUCCGGCGAAAAGCGGCAGGCCCUCCAAUCCACCCUCUUCCUCGGGCCCCUCGUCCGGGGCCAGCUAUCACCUCCCACCUGCUUCUUCCUCCUCUUCCUCUUCCUAUCCUCACACCAUCCACUCCUCCCAUUCCGGCAGCCACGCCCCUCAGUCCCUCCCAAUGGCCACGCCCCCCUCUGCAGUCCCUCCCCCUCGCUACCAUGCGCAUAUGCGUAUGAGCGCCUCCCCAUGUUAGAUUUCCUCUGUUUAAGGUUCUUAAACAACUGAAAUAUGGGCAUAACAUUAGAUAAGAGGAGAAAUCUCCAGAGACUAUGGGAUCAAAAGGGUGCUAAGUUGAAAAGACAUAGACGAGGAAGUGAUUCACUUACAAUUCUGUGCCUGAAUGAAGUUUAAUAGAUUCUCAGAGCGAGAUGAAUAAGUGGAGGAAUAGCAUUUAUACAUAUAGAAAGAAUGUUUGGUGAAGAAAGGUACAAAAUACUGACUUGCUGAAAAUAGUUGAAAACAACUGUAUAGAUAUUUAAAUUUCUAUGUAAAAUGUUUAAAUCUUAUUGCACACCACAACAUUUUUCAUCCCCUCAUACCUCAUAUAUCAUAGCACCAUGAGGCUAUUUAUACCAUUUCUUGUUUUUACUAAAGCAAAAAGACACGAAGGUGCCCUAAAUGUGGCAGAUUUCUUUAAAUGAUGUUGCGGAUUUAUUUCAGCAGACGAUUUCUGUAAACAGUGUAUCAAGAGCAGUAGUCAUCUAGUGUAUUCCGACAUAUUUACCUACGUUUCAUCAUGUGGGCAAAGAAAACUUUAGGUGCAGAGGUUCGAUUUGUCCUUUACUAUCAAUUUGUAAUGUUUUUAGAUUUGUACAUCAGGGUAGAUGUGCUGCAAAGCUGGCUGAUGUUUCUUUACUGGGAUGUUGUUCGCUUGGCCCCACGGCCCUCAAUAUGCCUUGUGUUUUCUUGUGCUCUCUAAUAAAAAAAAAUAUAUAAUGUUUUAAAAACAUUUAGCAGUGGUAUAGCACGAUACAAAAAGGAAACGUUUGAAAAUUUGUAACAUUUACCUUAACCUAGAAUGGAGGUUGACUCCUGUAUGAAUUCACUGUUCAGUCAUCAUCUUAAAAUUGCAGCCGUUCUUGUUUAUUAUUGAUAUUAUUACUACGACUAUUAAUUGAAUUGUUUAUUAUACAAAAUGAAUUGUAAACCUGCGUAUGUGUUAUAGCGGAAGCUGUUGUAUAUCAGUCCUGCAGUGUUUCAGAGAUCAUGUUUUUUUACAGUAAUAUGGGUUCAUGAAAAAUAACUGAAAUCAACAUGAGGAAGGAUUUAGAACCAAACAAUGUGCUUGAGCGCUCCUGGUGUAUUGCGCCAUCUACUGGCCAUGCAGUAUUAGUGCAUUACAGCGCUGAAGAACCUUGUCUGAACCACAAGUUGUAUGAAAUCUGUGUUCGAUUCAUUGACUAAAAUGAAACCGAUGAGUCAGCACUUUCAUAGACCUGGUGCCUGCGGAUACUGCAUUGAUUGAGCAAUGCAGUAAAGACAGUUUGUAGAGUAUGAUUAUUAUACCAAUAAAUCAGUCCCUUCUCCUAAUAAUGCAUAAGCGUCGACCUUUGUAGAAAAAUAUCCCUUAAUAAAUAUUAGCUAAUAGAUAUUAUUAUAAUGACCUGUUAUGCCUGUUAAGCCCUUAAACUUUUAAUGCACAGAAGCUUGAGAUACUUUCCAGAGUGUUGUAACUGAGAGUUCAUUAUUGUGUGUAAAUAUUAUGAUCAUAUAUUGUUAUGAAAUACGAAUAGUUAUAAAGAACAGGACUGGCUCCUGCUGGAUAGUAAAGAAAUACAUACAGUAGUAUAACUAUUUAUAUUAUAGCAUUAUUACAAGUGGGAUAUGCAGAACUGAAGGUAUGAUUUCUGGGAAAUGAAAAGAGCAAGAGGAAUGAUUUUUGAAUCCUAAUAUUUAUUCAAGUAUUGCUGGUGGUACAAAUUUAGUCUGCGUUUAAGUCUGAAAUCUGAAUAUCUGUUUAUGUUUCUUGUCUUUUACUAAUAAUUGCAUUAUAAUGAGCUUUCUGCUCUCUCAGUUCCAGUUGACAUUUGUUGUUGUUGCGCUCUACGCUGAGGGUCUGGCUUAUAAAUAUGUAUGUACCAUUUUGCAUGACAUUUUUUUUCCAUCUUCAUACCCUAUUCCUCCUAA